CGACUGACCAUGUGGUGUGAUGUCGCAAUUGUUAUCCACAUACGUUUUGACGUCGACUGUUCGAAUUGUCGUCGCGUAACGUUGUACGACUCGGAGUACGCGACCUCCCUUAUUUUGACAAAUGUCAUCGAGCCUGCCAGAGAGGAUAAUUGA